UUUCAGGGACAAGCACUAGCAAAGAUCAAUAUUGGAAAUGUAUUGGAUUCUAAUGGUAAUUGGGGAGGUGCUUUGGCAGCUUUUGAAGAGGGUUACAGGAUUGCUAUUCAGGCAAAAAAGCCCUCGAUUCAGUUGUCUGCUCUAGAAAAUAUGCACUAUAGCCAGAUGAUCAGGUUUGAUAACGUGGAAGAGGCCAGGAGGUUGCAGUUGUCAAUUGACAAACUCAAGCAGUCAAAAAUUGGAGAUCUUGAAGCACGAUACGUUGCAGGGGACUGCUGUUCUGAAAGUGAAACAGAAGUUGGCGGCCAAUCACCAAUCACAUCAUAUGAUAGCAUUUCACCAAAGACAACUAAAUUUGGUUUCAAGAAAUCAAAAUCUAAUGGCAGCGAAGAUGAAUCAGAGGAUCUGCCUUUGAUAUCACUAGUUCGUCCCACUAAGAAUCUAGCUAAGCUGAAAUCAGCUUAUGCAGAAACAACUAUUGCUUCUCCUGAGCUACCUGAUUCUUCGUCCCCAAGCAUGUCGAGACCUGCUGGUAGUCAAGCAGUUAGUCGUAAACGUGUCCGUCUUGUUCUCUCUGAUGAUGAAGAUAAUGAGGAUGUAUACAGCUCCAGCAGGAUUAUUUCUACUCCUCUAGAGGGUGAAAUGAGUCAUUGCUCAAGAAGAACCUCUCACAAGUGUUCUGUGGAAACUGUUGCUACUUCUGAUGAGUUUAAAGACAGAAAACAUCGCUGUAGUCCAUCACAUGGAUUGAAGGAAGUUUCACCAGUUGGUUCAGGAUGUGGCGUCAGUGCUUGUACCCCAAUUAAUCUUGAAGAAAGUACUUGCUCCGACAAGUCUAGGACUCCUGAGUUAGGUUUACGGGACGACAAGGAUUUAACAUUUUCAAGCACAAAAGGGUCUGCUCCAAAGUUUAGUUUCGAAGCUUGUGGCAGAGAAUUCGAUGCAGAUGUUUCUGGCAAUAAUAUUUCUGAUCUCACUCUGCAUGCUUGUGGUGAACAUUGUCAACAUAUUCUCUUCAGAAUUGGCAACAAUGUAGUACAUGUAAAAUGGGAUUCAGGUAAUGCUGGGACAUCGCUCAGCUUAGAGCAUAUGAAGGUUGAGGUAGCAUGCUUGUACUAUUUACAGCUCCCAGCCGAGGAGAGAUCUAAAGGCCUAGUGCCGGUCAUCCAACAUAUGAUGCAUGAAGGAAGAGUUAUAGAAUCAGUCGAAGCAGUUAAUCUCCGAAAUGAUAAUAUGGCUGGGAAGGCAUACAUUGACGUUACAAUUGACGUAUGGGUUCCAAAACAUCUCAUGAAACUGUACAUUGAUUGCUGCGAGGAGCUGUCUCAGCCACCGAUCUUGAAGGUUCUUAAGAUGCUGUACAAUCAAGAGGUGUCGGAGGAUGAAAUCGUGGUGUCUGAUUGCGAACUGCAAGAUAUAUCAGUGGCACCAUUAAUCAAUGCCCUCUAUGUACACAAAACUUUUGCUGUCUUAGACCUUUCUCACAACCUGUUAGGAAAUGGAACAAUGGAGAAGCUUAAGCGAGUAUUCACCUCAUCAGGCCAAAAUUAUGGUGGUUUGACCUUGGAUUUGCACUGCAAUCGACUCGGUUCAACUGCUUUGUUCCAGAUUUGUGAAUGCCAUGUUCUAUACGCCCGAUUGGAAGUACUCAACAUAUCUGGGAACCGUUUAACUGAUGCAUGUGCAUCAUAUCUUUCAACUAUCUUGCAGAAUUGCAAAGCUCUUUAUAGUUUAAAUAUCGAGCAGUGUUCAAUCACAUCCAGAACAAUUCAAAAGGUUGCUGACUCACUGACUUCUGGAUCAGCGCUUACACAUCUUUCUUUAGGACACAACCACUCCGUAGCUGCAAAUGCCGUGAUAAAUCUAUUGGUUACUCUUACAGACUUAAAGAGAUUUCAAGAGCUUAGUUUAAAGGGAAUAAAGCUAAGCAAGGCUGUAAUAGAAAGUCUUUGCCAACUUAUCAAGAGCUCUUGCUUGUCUGGGCUACUGCUUGGAAGCACUAGUAUAGGACCAGAUGGAAUGUUAAAGUUGAUGCAAUCAUUGUCCACGGAAAGUCAAGAACUGAAGCUUGACGUUUCAUCUUGUGGUCUGACACCUUACUGCAUUGUCAGAUUAAAUGCAGAAGUUUCUGUAUUUAAUAGCAUAGUUGAGCUUGACCUUGGGGGUAAUCAGCUCAAGCAAGAGGGUGGCAGGGCAUUGGCAGCAGCAGUGAGUAAUCCUCGGUGUUGUUUCAGAGUCCUGCUAUUACAGAAAUGUCAACUGGGACUUCUUGGCAUUCUUUGGAUACUUGAGGGAUUAUCAGACAACUAUCAUCUGGAAGAGCUCAACAUGGCUGAAAAUGCAGAUCGAGACGAAAUUCAUGCUUUGCUACAUGAUCCAUGCUCUCUCAAUAAAUGCUCGAAUGUCUUCCAAAGAGAUGCUAACCAUUUAGACCAUACGUCGGAGGGGUCUGCAGCUAAUGCUAAACAAGGUUAUCAAGAAGAGUUAUGUACAAUGAAUACAGAUAAUAAUCUGCUUGAAGCUCCUGAUAGUGAAGAUGAACAAGUGGAGGUGGAUGCUAUCGAACGAGCUACGAAUCAAAGUUGUAGUGGCACUUCCUUAAAGAGCCAUUCUAACUUAGAAUCUGACUACAUUCAAGAGCUUUCAGCCGCUAUUCCAUUGGCAAAGCACUUGCAACUGUUAGAUCUUAGUAAUAACGGGUUCACGAAACAGCUAGCUGAAAAUUUAUAUACUGCGUGGACAUCUAGUUCAAGAAGUGGUUCAUCUCGGGGACACAUUGAGGAUAAUACGAUUCAUUUGUCAGUGGAGGGAGUCAAGUGUUGCCAUCUGAAGCCUUGCUGCAGAAGGAUUUAAGUUAUACAGAUACCAUCUUUUUGUUACAUUACCAUGUAAAAAAUUGUGAUAUUACCAUAGACCAAAUUGGAAGCCUCUCAAAGUUUACUAA